AUGAAAAUAUUACCAACAAGCAUGAGUCUGUUAGCCAGUAUAAUGUCAGCAGCAUUUUUACUUGGUACUCCUGUAGAAAUUUACGCUUAUGGAUCGGUUUAUCUCUACUAUGCAAUUGCUUAUAUAAUUGGAACCUAUUUGACUGUGAAUUUGUUUUUACCGAAAUAUCUUCAAAUUAAAUGUACAAGCAUCUAUGAGUAUUUGGAGAAACGAUUUUCUCUAUCCGUUCGUACCAGUGUGACCAGUAUAUUUGUGGUCAUUUAUAUUAUAUACAUGGGCGUUAUUUUGUAUGGACCAAGUUUAGCAUUGAGCCAAAUAACUGGUCUGAACCUUUGGAUGAUUGUGGGAUUUGCUGGAGUGAUUUGUACGUUUUAUACAAGUAUUACUCGAACUUACGGUGGAAUGAAAGCUGUAAUUUGGACAGAUGUUACGCAAACUGUUACGAUGUUCCUUGGAGUUAUGCUAUCCAUAGUUUUCGGUUUUAUGGAUGCUGGUGGAAUCGAAAAAGUGUUCAAAACGGCAAUUCAAGGAGAUAGACUGAAUUUUAUCAAUUUUGAUAUCAAUCCUUUCACUCGGUACACAUUCUGGAAUAUUAUUUGCGGAGGUGGUCUUUAUUUUACAGCAGCAAUUGCAUGUCUUCAAACUCAAGCACAACGAUUUCUCUGCGUAAGAGAUCUUCGAUCAGCGAAAAGAGUUGCUUGGAUCAAUUGUUUCCAGUUUAUCUUCAUGCUCUUCCUUACUGCAUGUGUCGGACUUUUGCUUUACAGUAAGUAUCAAAGUUGUGAUCCAUUACAAGCAAAGAUCAUAUCGAAAGCUGAUCAAUUAUACCCAUUGUUUGUUACUGAAACUUUGGGUAAAAUUCCUGGUUUAACUGGCAUUUUCAUCAGUUGUAUCCUAAGUGCAUCCUUAAGCUCAAUAUCAAGUGGAAUCAAUAGUAUAGUUACGGUCAUUGUUGAAGAUAUUUAUAAACGAAUUAAAACAUCUUCGACAAUAUCCGAUCAACAACAGACGAUUAUUUCUAAAAUUUUAUCGGUGUCACUGGGAGCAUUAACCGUAUGUUUAGCUUGUCUGAUGUCAUAUAUGGGAAAUCAUGUGCUCGUGAUCGUAUUCCAAAUUGCGGGAUCAUUUGCAGCGCCGAUCCUUGGUGUUUAUCUUGUCGGCUUUUUUCUUCGACGUGUGAAUAGCCGGAGCGUCUUAAUUGCAUUUUUUCUGUGCUUAAUAUUUCAAAUGUGGAUUUUGAUCGGGUCGACUUUGACAAUAAAACAACGAGUUAGAAGUGAUGGCCGAUUGAGUUUAUCAAUUCAAGAAUCAACACCAGUCGAUGAGUACCAUGAAGAAUCGUUCACAAUACGAAAUGAAACAAAUUAUUCGACUGUUUCCACAGAUGUAGAAACGUUGACAUGGUAUAAUCGUUCAGCUACAGAAACGAUCGAUGAAAGCGGCGAGAACACCACUCACGUCAAUGUACAGGUUGUUGUCACUCCGAACACACUCCGGGUACAAAUUGGAAAAACCUACGAACUAACCUGUAUUGUCCAUGGCGAUCUUGCAGAUACACAUGUCUAUUGGAUACAAGAACAGCCAGAACGACGAUACAUGUUUGCUCUUGCGGAUGACAGAAUCGUGUCAGAAUCACAAGUGAUACUCACGAUACGAGUUACACUUGUUCAUCGAGGUAACAUUGGUGAAUAUAAGUGUAUAGCAGAACAUGAAGCGGGAAGUACUAAUACUGCUACUGUCACUAUGGAAGAAAUAGCUGGCUAUCAGCAGCCUGUAACCUGGUGCAGUGCCGGUACUAAAAUAUUACAGAUUAUUGCACCAGAUACAAUUGAUGACGACGAUGUACUGAUUCAAUGUAUUGGUGCGAAAAAUAAAAGAAUUGACUGGUACCUCAAUAAUCGACUUCUUGUUGAGGAGGAACCAUUUCAAUUCGAUGAAAACAUCCUUCGUAUCCAUCCAGCUUCCAAAUUGUGUUCAGGAGAGUAUCGCUGUGCAGUUUUCGAUCCUACUUAUAGAGAAGCACGGCGUACUCUUACAUUCACACGAGAACCCAGUGACUGUGUUUCUCAAGCAUUUAAUCCACCAAGUCCAUUGUUCAUUAAUGAAGGUAUGAGACAACUAAUUUGGUCUCCAUCUGGAUAUGAUUUUGUCCAUUGGACACGUGAUGGUGACGAUGAACGUCUUCCAUCAAAUGUCUAUCAAAUCGAUCAUAAUUUACGUAUCAGGAAGGCACGCCCUAAUGAUUCUGGGAUUUAUCAUUGCGAGUUACGUACAGCAGACGGUGUGCACAUUAAUGUUUCCUAUGAAAUCCAAGUGCAACCCACUCAAACUCGUCAUUCAUUCUAUGGUGAACGACUAAAAAUAACUAUUCCUGAACCGUCAAUCAAUCUACAAGAAGGUGAAGAUAAGACUAUUCUAUAUACAAUCGAUUCCGAUGAACCAGUUGAAAUCUUUUGGAACAGAUAUACCGAUCAAGGCUAUGAACCAAUGCCAUUAACUUUCACAGUUGAGCCAGAUCGUCUCAUUCUUCAUCAUGCCACAACUGAUGUUACUGGUAUCUAUCACGUCAUUGUUCGUGAUUCACAUCUUGAAGUUCAACAAACACUACGCAUCAAUGUUAUACCACGACACCAAAAAGAGCAACGAAAAUGGAUUGAAAUGAGUGUGCGACCGAGUGAAAUAGUGAUUGGACCUGGUGAAAAAGUAACGGUCAAGUGUGGCGUGAAAGGCAUUGAACAAUAUCGAGUGACGUGGAGUGUAUAUUCACGUAGCACACAGUUUCCUCGUUUCGUAUCCCAACAAGGAAAUAAUAUUAAGAUCGCACCAACUGAUACUACACCUGAUGAACCGAUUUAUUUGCAAUGUCAAGUGGAUAAACCAGAUGCAUUUCGACUAUGCUAUGCUUAUGUAACAGUCUAUGUUACCGAUGGUGAACGAAAGAAAAGAAAUAUACCCUAUUGA